GCUUGCCCUCCUUACCAUUGUCUGAUACCUUAGCUAGCUUCUUAAUGGUAUAUGUUGGGAUGGGGAGCAGGGUAAGCGAGAGGGGGAUUUUGGGAUCGGGGGGUUCUAGACCGAUCCAUGUUGAACUGCCAGAACUGCCUUUCUCUGCUCUUUCUCAGCUAAAUUCGAAGACCGAUGGUUAAUCAAAAGGCGGAAAGAAGUGUAACUGGAAUAAGAAAAUGGCGAGGAAGAAUGAUCCAAAGAUCUGGCUCGACCGACACUUUGGCUGAUCAUCGGGGGAACAUUUCGUUUCUUUGCUUUUCCGCGAUGGGAUUCAUAAGCAACCAGAGCAGGAUUCAGGAACGAAAGAAGAAAAGGCUCGGGGAAAUGCAAUAGCUUCGGACUUUGGACCGUCUCCGCGAAAGGAGGAAGAAAAGCAGAGAAAAAGCAACGUUUGAGCUAGUCUUUGUGUUUCUUUUGUUGAGCGAUGAUAAUGGCAUUGUUCAAACGCGCACAUCCAGAGUGGGCUUUUAUCUCCCCGG